AUGUCCUUGCCAAGUGGCGUGGACGUGAGUGCCCUCAUGUCUCAGCACGCGGUUCUGGGCGGUUUACCACCCGCGUUCUUCUUGCGCGCUUCGGAGAGGUACCAGAGGACGCCGAAAUGCGCCCGCUGCCGAAAUCACGGAGUCGUGAGCGCUUUGAAAGGACACAAAAGAUAUUGCCGGUGGAGGGAUUGCGUUUGUGCUAAAUGCACCUUGAUCGCUGAAAGACAACGGGUCAUGGCUGCACAGGUUGCUCUGCGCCGGCAGCAAGCUCAAGAAGAAAGCGAAGCGCGCGAGCUUGGUCUGUUGUACACAGCCGGCGGAACUGGUACGACAGGGUCGCAAUCGCUCACAGGGCCCCAGACGACGACCGUGCCGUCGGUGCCCCCUACUGCAGGAAAUGUAUCGCCAGUGAGGGACUCGGUCAACGUAUCGUCGAAUUUGAAAUACCCGACACACAGUGAAUCUCAACGUACAGAGUACCAAAGUUCGGAACACGAUAGCGAACCUCCCAGCCCAGAUGCAAAGCGACCCCGAAUUUGUGUCGACUCUGAUGAAUCCGAUUGUGGUACGGGAGCAGGUGGAGUGGCCGGCAGUCCUUCAGAACCUAGAUCGGCUCCAUCGAGCGACCAUGAACUUCUAGACGUAGAACAAGAUUUAGAUGGAAGUGAGCAUCAACCGGCACCAGAAAAUCUAUCACUGAGGCGAGGGAAUGGAGAAGCAGCUACACCUCCGACACACCAAGCACAGGCACAAAAUCAAGAACCGCAAAGAGAUUUCUUUCAACAGAGCUUGUUUGCGCACUAUGCUGGAUUUGCACCAUAUUCACCAUAUAACCAGCAGCCUCCAGCAGUCCAACAGCAACAGCAAAGAUCGCCAGUAGAUGUGUUGUUAAGAGUUUUUCCUGGUAGAAGGCGAGCGGAAGUUGAAAGUAUACUACAACGGUGUAAAGGAGAUGUUUUGCAAGCAAUGGAAGCUAUGGUUUUCUCCUCUGAAUCAUCACCUCCGCCUCCGACGUAUCCAUGUACCCCUCCAAAGUCGGCCUUUAGUCCACUUGGUGCUCACUACCCGCGAUACGGACCUCAUAUACCGCGGCGAUUCUUAGCCGCCCCUUACGCCGGCACCGGAUACUUGCCGACGGUGAUAAGACCUGAUUACCCACUACAAGCGCCGCCGCCGCCACCACUCGCCGGACUCGGCGGACACGAAUCGCCAGGAUCAAAUACAGGAUCGGAUAAAACUUCUUAUUCGGAAUGA